CAAAAGAUUUUGUAUAAUAAGGUGUAGAUAUUUGUGUAUUAAGUUUUCGCCGUGUUAAACAACCAGUAAACAAGAUACGGGUUGUAGUCCGGUGAAACUUGACAGCGGCGUAGGGUUCGAGUAUAGAAAGCGGACAUUCCUAAAUUUUUUAAUAACAAAAAUAAGAAAUAUAAGUAAAUGAACGUUAAAGUGUAUAUUCUUUGGAUUUAACUCGCGAAGUAAUCUAACCUGAUAUGUAGCUGAUAUUUAAGAUAACAUUUAACUGGAAAAUAAGAUAGAUUUUUAUUUUAAAAAAAUAGUUCGGACUUGAAAUGUCUUUUAGUCAACCAGGAUAUAGACUGUCUCCAUCAUCGCCAGCUGUCACCAAGAUGUCAUCAUCCGCUUCUGUGACGUCACCACGUGCUUGCUGUGAAAACGGGCGUCCAAUAAUGACGGAUCCGCACACAGGGCAGACGAUUUGUUCCUGUCAGUAUGGCACAGCCUUGCUUAAUUACUCAAGGGUACAGGGACUCCCAGAUGGCGUAUACGGAGCAUCGGCGGCGGCAUAUGCUGCGGGGGCUGGACAGGGUUACGUGCCCCUUGGAACAGAAGGUUCAGCAUUUUAUUCGCCUUUGGCUAACCCGGCGGCGUUUGAUAUGAAAGAAGGAUCGGAGGCAUGGAGAGCCCUUGCGGCCCAAGGUGGAUGUUUCCCUUAUGAUCCAAGCAUGGCGCUUUAUCCAUAUGGAACUGGAUAUGGCGGACUUGAUUUAAACGCCAGACGCAAAAAUGCCACACGGGAAACAACCAACACUUUAAAAGCAUGGUUGUAUGAGCACCGAAAGAACCCAUACCCAACAAAAGGAGAAAAGAUCAUGCUUGCUAUCAUAACUAAAAUGACACUAACCCAAGUUUCAACAUGGUUUGCAAACGCUCGCCGACGUUUAAAGAAAGAGAACAAAAUGACGUGGUCACCACGUAAUAGAUCAGAAGAUGACGUCAGUGGUGACGAAGACAUGGACAGUAAAACCAACGGAAAUGAUUCCGAUACUUCACAUGCAAACACCUCGGCAGACGACAAUCAUGAUCUAUCGAGGUCUGUAUCAGACAGAGAGGUGUUUGACAGAAUUAUAAGUGUUGAUGAUGAUGACGAAGACUCCGAUCAGAGUGAUGCCGGUGACAUUGGUGAAAUAUCUCAUCGUCGUGAUAGCUUACAUGACAAACAUGAACACAGAGAAAAUGUUGCUUUAAGACUGCAAGAUCCAAAAGCGAACACAGACGCUGAAAAAGACACGGGUUCAAAAGAUUCAAAUAAGACAGUUUCGAGUGAAGUGAAAAAUAGUUUAAAACGUGCAAGUGACACAACAGGAGAUUCUUCGCAUCCUCCUAGACCUAAAAUUUGGUCUGUUAUGGACGUUUUAGGAAACAAAGAAAACACCAGUUCAAAAGAUUCACAAAAUUCACCGCAGUCUUCUCCGCCGGCUGUUGUGUGCUCGAGACAAGCCAAUGGGCCAGCUUUUCUAAACGCACAUCCUUCAAGUCAAGCGUUCCGGGGUGGACAAUUACCCUUGGGAUUCAAUGGAUAUCCGUUCUCUUUUAGUCAUACCACGUUAUCCUAUCCAUAUACCCUCUCUGCCUCUACGGCAGCAAAAGCAGAACUUAAUAUGAAACAUGUUGCCGCGAUAAGAGCUUCUGAACAAGCAUUUAAAGAAGGUCUUGUGGAGAAAGCUGCCAGAAUGCAAUCUGGAAUAUUUUCACCGGCACGGGAACUUGAUGGCAUGCGUGUCAGUGGAAAGGUCAUGUUGUAAUGAAAGUGUAGAUCCCUUUAGAUAUUGUUAAAUGGCUUUAUAUUCCAGCAGUACUGUUUUAUGUAAAUUCACCACAUUUUAUAGAUCAUUUUUUGUAUCAA